AUGACGGGGACCAGCUCAGAUUCUGCCUGGUUGCCUCCGUACAUUCUGCACCAGCCCGUAUGCACAAUGGACACGGGCGCUGGUAGUCGCACUUGGUGCUCACAGGUCAGCCACGACCAAGCCAAAAUUCCAGCAGCGCGCCGAGAGCCGCCGGCUCUCCUGCCCCACCUUCCUAAAGAGCUAAGAGAACUGUCUCGCAGAAUGACGGGGAAGACUGUUUACAACGCAACGGUCGACUAUGAACUUACAAAUGUCGAUUUGUUGACACUGCUGUUCGAUUCCGCCGAGCUUCCAUCCAAGGAUGAUACUAUCCUUCACGUUGAAGCGAGUAAUCCCAGCAACCGUCUGAGCAAGGCGCAAACCGCCACCCUCACGAGACGUAUUGCGUACAUCCUCCGACGCGACUUCGGCGUUGGUGCCUCAAUCAGCGGUCAAGAUGUGGUAGUCUGCAUCUCUUCCGGAGAGGUCCUCCUUCCGGCUGUAUUCUACGGUACAAUCGCGGCCGGUGGAGUGUAUAGCGCUGCGAGCAGCAGCUCGACCAGUGCGGAGCUGCAACGGCAGAUCGAGGACGGCGGUGCUCGCCUGCUCGUCGCAUCUGCCGAUUGUCGUGCAGUGGCUGAGCGAGCAGCUCGACAGGCUGGCUUGCCAUCCGACCGGAUCCUCAUACUCGAAAGCACGGAUGGGAAGAGAAGUCUUCUCUCCAAGUCUGGAAAGGAUAUGUUGUCUGUCUCGUCCUCGGAGCUGCCUUGGGAUAAGAUCAUGGAUCCCGAAAUCCUCAAAAGACGUAUCAUUUGCCUUGUUUACAGCAGUGGAACUACUGGCAAGCCAAAGGGCGUCACCAUCACUCAUGCCAACAUGGUGGCACAUGCUCUGAUCACCCGCUACAGUUAUCGAGAUUUCCUCAACCGCCAACAGACUAAGGAUCCGACAUUUUCCUUCGAAUACCGAACUAUCGCGCACGUUCCAGCUGCGCACAUCGCGGGAAUUCAGGGCUACUUUGUUCAACCUGUCGUGCACGGAGGUACCGUGUACUGGAUGCCCAAAUUCGACUUUGUCAAGUUCAUCGAGUAUAAUCGUAGCCUUCGGAUCACCAUUUUCUUCAGCGUUCCGCCCAUUUUCCUGUUGAUUUCUCAGAGUUCUCUGGUCGGGGAUCAUUUUCGAUCGCUUUACCAUGCGAUCUCCGGCGCUGCUCCAAUGAGCGCCCAGCUCUCGCGAGCUGUGGAGAAGAAACUGGGAUGCAAUAUCUCCCAGGUUUGGGGGAUGAGCGAGACAGCCGGCAGCGUCACGGUGCAGCCUUGGGACGAGAAGGACGAGACGGGCUGCAUUUCGGCAGUCCAACCGAACACAAAACUGCGUAUCGUUGACGAGGACGAACAAGAUGUUCAAGACGGGACGCCUGGAGAAUUCGUGGUACAGUCACAGAUAGUGACCCCUGGAUACUGGCGGAACCCCACGGCGACAGUCGAAUCCUUUACCAGAUGUGGCGGCUGGUUCAAAACGGGCGAUAUCGGCAUCCGGAAAACCGGCAAAUUCUACAUUGUCGACCGCAAGAAGGAGCUCAUCAAAUAUAAGGGUCUCCAGGUUGCCCCAGCUGAGCUUGAAGCGCUUCUCCUGUCCCACCCCUUGAUCCUAGAUGUUGCAGUCAUCGGUGUCGCCGUGCCGACAGAAGAAGGAAGCGAAGUCCCCAGGGCCUACAUAGUGGCGGAUGUCAACAAGAUUUCCGAGGGCGAGGUGAAGGCAUUUGUCAAGCGCGAGCUGGCUUCGUACAAGCAGCUUCGGGGUGGCGUGAGCUACGUCAAAGCUAUCCCCAAAAGCCCCACGGGAAAGAUACUGAGGAGGGAGCUACGCGAACUGUUCAUGAGGGAGAGCACCCUUCCAGCUAAGCUGUAA